AUGAUUAAAAUCAACCAAGCUUUGGCUGACGCUAUUGGUGGUUCUCCUGUCGCCGUUGAAACUGUCAACCCACCAGCACAGUUAGUCAAGUAUGUCAGAAAGUACGAUAGCGGGGACUGGCAUGAUAGGCUGAGCGACUAUAAAAGCCUCGGGUGCAGCGACUUCUUCGACGACAGCGACGGGCUUAGGGAGGAUGGGCUUGUCGACAAUGAUAACAGGCAUGGGUUCGAUAGCUUCACUAAACACAUGAACGGGGUUGGGUGGCUCGGGAAGGGGAUGGAAUAG